AGCAACAGCUAGCAGCCAGCGGCUAUCUUUGUCGGGGACGCGGCGUAUCAUACCAUGCAAAAGUUUGGAAACGCGGCUUCCCUGCCCUGAACAGAGGACAACGGCAACGCUCGGCCACACCUGAGACGGCUGUCGGAACCAUGGGUCGCGGCUGGCUCUCGCAAUAGCCCGUUGUUUGCGUUAUUUGAAGCCUCAAAUGUGUGAAAAGUCUCUCUCGUCGUUGAACAAGAUGGCAGCAGCAGCAUCGUUGCAGGAUUUCACUGUGGUGCGGCUCCUCGUUGCUAGCCUGUUCCUUGACGCUCUGGGUGAAACGAUUUACAGGUCUUACUGAAGGUAUGGCCUCACAAGUCUUGGUCUACCCAUCACACCUGCACUCAGCUCAAACAAGUGCCUUAGGAACCAGCAGCAGCGGUACCAGCAGACACAAAGACGAAGCUCACCGCAGAAAUAACACCAGCAGAGCCUUUCAGCACCGACCCACGUCCAAGACCUAUGUGAUUGGAGUCAACUACGGCAUUGCCUAUCCCAACAACGUUAUCCCAUCCUCGACGGGUGCUGACUCAGCAGGACUGCACAGGGGACUACAGCUCAGCGAGAGGGAGGAGUGGGCAUUGCAGACUGUAGGAUUACAGAGGGAAGAGAACUGGGAGAGACAAGGAGAAGGUCCAGCUGGGAUCCAGGAAUCUCUUUGCCAGAGCAGAGGCCCACAGGAAGUAAGGCUUCGUAGAGACAGUGGUGGAACUCCAUCGGGAGGAGGCUUGGACUGCGGGCUACUGAGGAGGGCCUGUAUCAGAGCAGAGGAGGAGGAGGGAAUAAACAGAAUAGUACAAGCAGGAGGAGGAUACGUCGACCUUCUAGACACAGGUGCCACCCAGAGAUGUGAACAGAAGGACGGUGAAGGUGGAGAACAUCCGCGGGAGAACAGCUGCGUCGGAACCAUGCAGAUAGUGGAGGAGGUAUCUGCUCUACCUUCACUUCCUCCCCCUGUGGCCAUGUUGCAAACGAGCACCGGGAACAAUGCAGACACUGUCAGAGUAGGGGGUGGUGGGACGCGGCCCUCUCAACACAGCAGAGUUGAGGCCGUGACCGGCAUGGGAAUCAAGGCGGAUGGGACCGAAGUCAGGCCUAAUAACAGUGCUGAGGCGGUGGCAGGAGCUACAGUGACCAGAACUGGAUCAGGGGAUGGUGACUAUCAGUUAGUCCAGCACGAGGUUCUGUGCUCCCUGAAGAACAGCUAUGAGGUCUUGGAGUUUCUGGGCCGCGGCACCUUUGGUCAGGUGGUGAAGUGCUGGAAGAGGGGAACGAAUGAAGUGGUGGCUAUCAAAAUACUGAAGAACCACCCAUCCUAUGCACGUCAGGGACAGAUUGAGGUGGAGAUCCUGGCCCGGUUGAGCAGCGAAAAUGCAGACGAGCACAAUGUGGUGCGUGCUCUGGAGUGCUUUCAGCACCGCAGCCACACCUGCUUGGUGUUUGAGAUGCUGGAGCAAAACCUUUAUGACUUCCUCAAACAGAACAAGUUCAGUCCACUGCCACUCAAAAUCAUCAGGCCCAUUCUGCAGCAGGUGGGAACAGCCUUGAAGAAGCUGAAGUGUCUGGGUUUGAUCCACGCGGACCUGAAACCAGAGAACAUCAUGCUGGUGGACCCCUCCAGGCAGCCCUACAGAGUCAAGGUCAUUGACUUUGGCUCAGCCAGCCAUGUCUCCAAGGCUGUCUGCUCCACUUAUCUGCAGUCCAGAUACUACAGGGCUCCAGAGAUUAUUUUGGGCCUGCCAUUUUGUGAGGCCAUAGACAUGUGGUCACUGGGCUGUGUGAUAGCCGAGCUCUUUCUGGGCUGGCCCCUCUACCCCGGAGCGCUGGAGUACGACCAGAUCCGGUACAUCUCUCAGACUCAGGGCCUGCCCACCGAGCAGCUGCUCAACAAGGGGACCAAGACCUCUCGUUUCUUCUCCAAAGAGUCCGACUCUCCCUACGCCUCCUGGAGACUAAAGACAACGGAAGAGCAUGAGAAAGAGACGGGACUUAAAUCCAAAGAGGCCAGGAAGUACAUCUUCAGCUGUCUGGAUGACAUAGCACACGUGAACUUGGUGCUGAGUCCUGAUAACAGCGACAUGCAGGCGGAGAAGGCUGACAGGCGGGAGUUCGUGUCUCUGCUGAAGAGCAUGCUGCUGAUCGAUGCCGAGGACAGAACCGUUCCCUCCAGCGUCCUCAAUCACCCCUUCCUCACUAUGACUCAUCUGCUGGACUACCCACACAGUAACCAUGUGCAGUCGUCUUUCCGCAUCAUGGACAUGUGCCACAGUCGGCCCACCAAUGCAGUUUUUGAUGCUCUGAAUCAGAACACCAUUCAUUUCUCAAGACCACCUGUCGCCCCCACUGCCUCCUCUGGCCUCCCUCUGGGCUACGGCAACAUACCGGUCCACACUCAGACUAUAAACCAGUCAGCUCCCUCAGUGUUGCAUCCUGGGAUAGCUCUGACAACUGGGAAUGGUCAGUUUGGGUGCGCUGACUCAUUUCCGCCGGCCCUUCUUCUUUGCCCUCCUACCAUGCAAGGUAACCUUAACCAACCAGCAGGGUAUUCUGUUCCCAUGGUAACUCAGGCCCCUCCUAUACAGCCCUUACCAGUGAGACCUGGUGUAAUUGCUCAGGCCUGGUCCAGCCGGGGGCAGCAGCUCCUCGUCCCAGCAGCGUGGCAGCAGAUGACUCCAGUGGGUCCUCCUCCCUCUCACCCUCCUCCACCACCCCCGUCUUCCCUUACCAACGACACCACAGCCGGCCCACAGAGAAUCAGCGACUGGGGGAAAUUGCGUCCCCACAGCAGCCACUACACGUCAGUGAUGCAACAACAUCUCCUGACUAGUCAGAUGCCAGCACUCUCUGCUCAUCAGCCAAUCAACAUUGGCAUAGCUCAUGUUGUGUGGCCCCAGCCAGCCAAUAAAAGGAACAGACACAGUCACAACAGGAACCUAUCCCACCCCAGCAACAUCCAUGUAUCAACGUGCCGGACGCCCAAGAUGGCGAAUGUUGUUGGACAGGCAGUGGCACGAAGACAGCAGCCUCAGAGGGAGGCGCCUCUGGUGGAAACCAGGCAACCGUGUAUUCAGAACACAGAUGAAGAGGAAAAUGAUGCGGAGGAGGAAGUGAGCUGCUUCAAAGAGGUGGUGCCAAACGGUAACGGCCAGCUGGACCUGUCCAGUCAACAACAGCGAGAUGUGGCGGUUCUGAUGGGUGACACACCGAGCCCAGCUGCCAGCGUGAUCAGCAUCCGCAGUGAACUGACUGACGAAGAGGACGAAGACUCUCGGAGGUGCCGUCUGAACGGGUGUAAAGAGGAGUGUGUGUGUGAGGCGUGCAGAGACACCAGUGUGUCCAUGGAGAGAGUGUGUUCCCUCAGCAGCCCCGACAGCAGCCUCAGCACCAGCUCUUUUGCCUCCAACUCCCCUCAGUCCAGCCCCUCUGUCUCACCAUGCAAGAGGCCCAACAGCAUGUCUGAGGACGACGGCCACGAGAGUGGCUGCGACACAGUGGAAGGCUCCCCCACGUCCGACACGUCAACCUCUCCGCGUGGCAACAGUCCCUACCGUUACCUCGACAACAAUAACCACAACAACCGCCCACCUUUGGCUGCCAUGGUAGCACCACUUCCUUCCCCUGCAGUGCAGGGCAGGAGUCCCCGCGGCGUCAGGACAAUGGUGGUUCCACCAAUGAGAGUGCAGAACAACAACAGUCAAGGGACAGAGGAGCGCGGUCAGAGAACAGUCUUAGAGUCUUGGUCCCGGUCCAAAGGGCGCUGCAGUUUCGCAGGACAACAGAGCACUCCCUCCUCCGUCCCCCUCCUCCCAUCCGCCCCCCUCCUGUCCCGCCAGCAAAAACUGACCGGGCAGCAGCCGCAGCAGCACCCUCUGGGCUUUGGACAGGUGCAGCAGUACGGUUCAAACCACAGCAACAAAGAGUGGAACGGCAACUACGGGCCGCUGCGACCACACGCCUACAUCCCCCCCACUGUCCACACACACACCUUCACACACCUGCCGCACAGCAGCCCCACGCACAAUUCGGCCGCCCCGCACACACAUACCCAAGGCCUGCCCACACACACCCUGCUGUCGUACCCUCCCAACGCCCCCCUCCCCGNGGCAGAGCUUGGUGGGGCUCAGAGGGAAGCCUGUGUAGGCGGCCGGGGAGGCCAUGUAGGGGUGAGGAGGGGGGAAGGGAGGCUUGAACUGGUGGGGGUGGUGGGCAUAGCCGGGCUGGUGAUGCGGGCAGCGCGGCUCUGCCCUCAGCUCCCAGCAGGGGCCGCCGCCUCCUGCUCAACUCAGAUCAGCCAAAACAUCUCCAGCAUCAGAGCAGCGUCACUGCGAGACACCCGGAUUUUUGAUUCCUUUAAUGAUACAGAGAGCUUCUUCAUGUCCAUUAAAGAGGACAGAGAGACACAACUGCCAGCAGAGAUGGAGAGCGCUUUGCGGUCGCAGUAG